ACAAAUAAUUUGAGGAUGGCUAUGAGAAGAGAAUACAAGCUUGUCAUCCUGGGGGCGGGAGGUGUUGGAAAAUCAGCCCUCACAAUGCGACUUGUCCAGGGAGUCUUUGUGGAGAAAUACGAUCCGACAAUUGAAGAUUUCUAUAGGCAUCAGAUAGAGGUGGACGGUGCUCCCUGCACUCUGGAAAUACUCGAUACUGCAGGAACCGAACAGUUUGCAGCUAUGCGGCAACUUUACAUUGCUAACGGACACGCUUUUGCGCUUGUGUACUCCAUCGACAGUCAGGCAUCUUUUCUGGAACUCCAGACGAUACACCAACAAAUAGUGGACGUGAAGAGCUCGAGUCAGGUAGCUAUGGUUCUGGUUGGGAACAAGUGUGAUAUGGAGAUGGACAGAGAGGUCAGCAAGGAGCAGGCUGAUCAGCUGGCUACACGAUCGUGGAACUGUAGUUUUAUAGAGACCAGUGCUAAAACAGACACUAACGUGAGGGAACUGUUCGUGGAGUUGGUCAGGAAGACUAACCAGUACAUGGGCAUGACCCAGAAAACCACUAAGAAUAGCAGCAGGAAGGGAAUCAGGAAGUUUAAGUGCGAAAUCUUAUGAGCGCCUUGUUUUUGGCGUGGUAGGAAUGCAGACUUAAGACGGAUUUUUACACGAACGACGCUUAAUUCGAUUAUUCAGGGCUUUGAUUCUGUGUAUAUAUUUUAAUAGAUUAUAAUAUAGAGUUUAAUACAGGUGAUGAUGAUAAUGAUACAAGUUGAUCUCUGAUGACUGUAAUAAGAGCAUGUGGCUUUACUUUUCCUUUUUUCUCUUCAAUUUGUUUUAGCAUUUUAAACGGUUUACUUUUUGCUCUGAGAGUACUUUAAAAGUGAUUUUAACGGUUCGGGUUGUUUUUGUUAAGUUCAUCGAGUUUAGAAGAAUUUCCAUCAGUGCAUAUUUUUAAAGAUUUGGUUCAGACUUCAGAUUGAAUGGGUUGAAAUUUGAGUGCUUUUUUCUUGAAUCUAGUGAUCUCACGAUGAUCAUAGCAUUUAAUUCAUGGUUUUAACGCGAUUGCUUUAAUAAAUACGGCCCAAUUUAUGCUCCUAAAAAGUUGAAUUCGCAAUGAUUAAUAUUUGAAAAGUAAUGCUGGUGCAUGCAUAAUUUUUCUUUCAAGAUUUCACUGAAUUACUUUUUGUAAAUCGAACUUAAGUUCACGUUAAUCGUUCCUAAUUUAAUUACAAAUGGUCAAGGUCACCAUGGCAAUUAAUUAAUUACUUAAUUAAUUACUUCCUUACCAUAUUAAGGUGGAUUUGAUAGAAAGCUGAAUAUUGUACGAGCUGAAUGUCGCUACAUGGCCAGCUGUUUUUCAAGCUAUUUAUAUUAAACUUGGUUUUUGAUACGAUAAAUGAAAACCUUAAAUCUAUUGCUUUAUAAAUUGUACUAACGAUUGUAUCUACAUUACCCUUUGGAAUGCCAGAUUUUGAGCCUUUUUCGCAAGAUUUAUACAACAUGUUUAUCUUGAAGAGAACUCUUCUUGGAAGAAGAAUACAUGUUUAAACCUGAAGUGUAAGCAUGAUACUUGUGCAGUUUGCACUACAAAGCCGUACUUUAAUCCGGCUGACUUACAACUCUGAACUCUAUAAAACUUUACGAGAAAACGUUCCAUAGUGAAAAAGAGAGAUAGUGUUAGUUGUACAUUAUAAUUUGUUUAUAAAAACUCAA